AUGGGAAAGAUCAUCUUCUACGAGGACAGGAACUUCCAGGGGCGCAGCUAUGACUGCAUGAGCGACUGCACUGAUAUCUCCUCUUACCUGAGCCGCGUGGGUUCAAUCAGGGUGGAGAGCGGUUGUUUCAUGGUCUAUGAACGCAACAGCUACAUGGGUAACCAGUUCUUCCUGAGGAGGGGCGAGUACCAUGACAUGCAGCGCAUGAUGAGCAUGGGCAUGAUGUUUGACACUAUCAGAUCCUGCCGCAUGAUUCCUUCAUACAGAGGAUCCUUCAGAAUGAGGAUCUACGAGAGGGACAACUUCGGAGGUCAGAUGUACGAGCUGAUGGAUGACUGUGACAGCAUCAUGGAGCGUUAUCGUAUGUCCGACUGCCAGUCCUGUCAUGUGAUGGACGGUCACUGGCUCAUGUAUGAGCAAGCCCACUACAGAGGCAGGAUGGUGUACUUCAGACCUGGAGAGUACAGGAGCUUCAGAGAUAUGGGAUACAGCAACAUGAGAUUCAUGAGCAUGAGGCGUAUCACUGAUAUGUGUUAA